AUGGCGUUCCACUGGCAAUCGAAAGUUAACGUCCAGCAUGCGGGGGUGGACGAUAUGGUUCUUCUACCGAAACUUACUGAGCAGAGUAUAGUAGAGAACCUGAAAAAAAGACUACAAGCAAAUAGUAUUUUUACAUAUAUCGGCCCAGUGUUAAUAUCGGUGAAUCCAUUCAAACAGAUGCCAUAUUUUACGGAAAAAGAAAUGCUUUUGUAUCAAGGUGCUGCUCAGUAUGAAAAUGCUCCACAUAUCUACGCAUUGGCUGAUAACAUGUACAGAAAUAUGCUCAUUGACAAUGAAUCACAAUGUGUGAUCAUUUCGGGAGAAUCUGGAGCCGGUAAAACGGUCAAUGCGAAAUUCAUUAUGAAUUACAUUUCGAGAAUUUCUGGAGGAGGUCAGAAAGUUCAGCACGUGAAAGAUGUAAUUCUGCAAUCGAAUCCUCUUCUGGAAGCAUUCGGUAACAGUGCGACAGUUCGUAACUGGAACAGUUCUCGAUUCGGAAAAUAUGUAGAGAUUGUAUUCAGUAGAGGAGGAGAACCGAUUGGUGGGAAGCUCUCGAAUUUCUUAUUGGAGAAAUCUCGAGUUGUCCAUCAAAACGAGGGAGACAGAAACUUCCACAUAUUCUAUCAAUUGUGUGCAGGAGCCGAUAAAAAUUUGAGAAGUACACUGGGAAUCGGAGAACUUCAGUAUUAUAAUUACUUGAAUAUGAGCGGUGUUUUCAAAGCAGACGACACUGAUGAUGGAAAAGAAUUGGAGAAUACUUUGCACGCCAUGAAAGUUGUCGGAGUGAAUGAUCAAGAGCAACUGGAAGUACUCCGUAUCGUUUCAGCUGUUCUCCAUAUUGGAAAUAUUGCAUUCACAGAAGAAAAUAAUUUUGCAGCUGUCAGCGGCAAAGAUUAUCUCGAGUUCCCUGCAUUCCUUCUCGGUCUCACUAAUGCUGACAUCGAAGCCAAGCUCACUGGUAGAAAAAUGGAGAGCAAAUGGGGAACACAAAAAGAAGAAAUCGAUAUGAAACUGAAUGUGGAUCAAGCGAAUUACACGAGAGAUGCGUGGGUGAAAGCGAUUUAUGCGAGACUUUUCGAUUAUUUGGUCAAAAAAGUCAAUGAUGCAUUGAAUAUCACUAGUCAAUCGUCUUCGGAUAAUUUCUCGAUCGGAAUUCUCGAUAUUUAUGGAUUUGAAAUUUUCAACAACAAUGGUUUUGAACAGUUUUGUAUAAACUUCGUUAAUGAAAAACUUCAACAAAUUUUCAUCGAAUUGACACUCAAAGCAGAACAAGAAGAAUACGUUCGAGAAGGUAUCAAAUGGACUGAAAUCGAUUAUUUCGACAAUAAAAUCGUGUGUGAUUUGAUUGAAAUCAAGCGGCCUCCUGGAAUAAUGAGUCUUCUCGAUGACACGUGUGCUCAGAAUCACGGACAAAGAGAAGGAGUCGAUCGUCAACUUUUGACAACUCUAUCGAAAUCUUUCGCUGGUCACCCUCAUUUUGCUCCUGGUUCCGAUUCAUUCUUAAUAAAACAUUAUGCUGGUGAUGUGACAUAUAAUGUUGAUGGGUUCUGUGACAGGAACAGAGAUGUUCUCUAUCCAGAUCUUAUUCUUCUGAUGCAAAAAUCUUCCAAUGCAUUUAUUCGGUCGCUCUUCCCUGAAAAUGUGGCUGCUUCCGCUGGAAAAAGGCCAACAACAUUCUCUACAAAAAUCAGAACUCAAGCGAAUACUCUCGUCGAAUCACUGAUGAAGUGUUCUCCUCAUUACGUUCGGUGUAUAAAACCAAAUGAAACGAAACGACCGAAUGAUUGGGAAGAAAGUCGAGUAAAACAUCAAGUUGAAUAUCUCGGUCUUCGAGAAAAUAUUCGUGUGAGAAGAGCUGGAUUCGCUUAUCGACGAGCAUUCGACAAAUUCGCACAACGUUACGCUAUCGUCUCCCCACAAACAUGGCCAUCUUUCCAAGGAGAUCAACAGAGAGCCUGUGAGAUCAUUUGUGAUUCGGUUCAUAUGGAAAAGGGUCAAUACCAGAUGGGACGGACCAAAAUUUUUGUAAAGAAUCCAGAAUCGUUAUUCUUGUUAGAAGAAACUCGUGAACGAAAGUUUGAUGGAUUCGCCAGAGUUAUCCAGAAGGCGUGGAGACAAUUUGCCGCAAGAAAGCAACAUAUCAAGCAGAAGGAACAAGCUGCUGAUCUGAUGUAUGGAAAGAAGGAACGACGACGCUAUUCUCUGAAUCGUAACUUUGUCGGUGACUACAUUGGAUUGGAGCAUCAUCCAACACUCCAGUCUCUUGUUGGAAAACGACAAAGAGUUCUUUUCGCGUGUACUGCCAACAAAUAUGAUAGAAAAUUCAGAGUGUCAAAAUUGGAUGUACUUCUCACUGCAAACCAUUUGACACUGAUCGGAAAAGAAAAAGUGAAAAGUGGGCCAGAGAAAGGAAAAAUUGUUGAAGUUAUCAAGAGACAACUCGACCUUCCACAGAUCAAAUCCAUUGGUUUAUCUCCAUAUCAGGACGAUUUUGUGAUAGUUUACGUUAGUGGAGAAGAUUACUCUUCUCUUCUUGAAACACCAUUCAAAACUGAAUUUUGCACUGCUCUAUCAAAAGCAUACAAGGAACGAACUAACGGCACUCUUCACUUGGAUUUCCGAAAUUCACACAUUGUGAGUUACAAAAAGAUGAAAUUCGACUUUUCGGAUGGUAAACGGACUGUGCAAUUCGGUUGCGAUGGUAGCUCAUCAGCCCAGAAGACAUUGAAACCAAAUGGAAAAGUGCUGAAUGUCAGUAUUGGAACUGGAAUGCCGAAUACUACAAGACCAUCGACUGAACGCCCACAAGGAGGUUACACUCCCCGAAGGGAUCAAUUGAGAACUUCGACUCGUCGAACUAACAAAAACUCAAAUGGACCGCAGCCGAUGAGAGCACCGGUCCCAGCCCAUGGAAUCAACAACAACUACAAUCAACCACCACCACAUUCUUCAGCUCCUUCUCCAGUUUCAACGAAUCAUCAGUAUAAUCAAGAACCCGCCAGAAUUCCUGUGAUGGGAAAUGUGAUCAGUCAGUUGAACAAUAUGAACAUGACUGCUUCUGGAAAUAAUAAUCCAGCUGCUGGAAGAGGUCCCCCUCCAGCACGUGGACCCAAACCGCCGCCACCAGCGAAGCCAAAGUUGAAUCCAGUCGUCAUUGCUGUCUAUCCAUAUGAGGCUCAAGAUGUUGAUGAGCUCAGUUUCGAAGCUGGAGCUGAAAUUGAGUUGAUGAAUAAAGAUGCCUCUGGUUGGUGGCAAGGGAAAUAUAACAAUCGCGUCGGUCUCUUCCCUGGAAACUAUGUCAAAGAAUAA